GGCUCAUUAACGUUUGUGGCAAGAUGUACACAGAUAAAGCCACACCCACAUACUUGUGACCCAAAGAGAAGCUUGUCAUUCACUUUCAGCCAAGCUUGAACUCCAGUAGUUAUAGACCUCGCCAGUAAAAGAUGCGCCCUACACUGGCUGUGUGGGUACCUGUUCUGUGUCUGCUCCUUGGGUACACAUCACUAGGAAGUUCAAGCCCUCAGAGUGCUAGAUUUAAUCCAAAGUCUCUGGUAAAAAGGCUCGUUAGCAAGUUCCCCUUCAUAUAUGAUGAGGACAACUCAGAUCAUGGGGCAACAAAUGAAAGAUUCAUUCGUGAUAUUCAUGUGACUUCUAACUUGGAACAGGAGGAGCGUGGAAACUGCUCGGACAUUCACAAUCCACCCCCCAAAUACAAUGGGUCAAUGUGUGAGCUUAUACGGGAGGAGUGUGACGAUAAAUAUGAGCUGUUUAACUAUCUUGACUUCGUUUUGUGUGGACUUGGGGAGUCCCUUCAACCACUUGGAUUCAUUAUCCUGGGACUCUGGUUGAUAUACCUUCUUUCUCUUCUUUCCACAACUGUCGACAAGUUCUUUGUUCCAGUGCUUCAAAUGAUAGCUGAUAAAUUACAUCUUCCACCAAGCAUUGCCGGAAUGACCCUACUUGCACUCGGAAAUGGUGCUCCUGACAUAUUUGUUGCAUUCUCUGCUCUUACCAAGGAUGAUGAUCUGACGCUAGUACUUGGGGCGUUAAUGGGAGCUGGAUUGUUCAUCACAACCGUUGUGCUUGGACUGGUGCUCAUGGUUUCAAAAUCACGAAACUACAACAUUGAUAGGAUUGAUUUCAUGAGGGACAUCAUUGCCUUUAUGGUAGUUCUUGUUGUCAUUGUGGGCGUAUCAAUUGAUGGAAAAGUGUACUUGGUAGAAGUUUCCCUGUUUCCGCUAACUUAUAUUGGUUAUGUUGUGGCAGUGCUUGGAAUCACAGUCUUCAGAAAAUGGUACAGAAAUAAGAAACACAAGGCAAAUGCACCACCAGAAAAGGUGGCAUUUAAUAAACAGCAAUCUCAAAUUGUGAUUAAAGAGCCAGAGCAACACCCUGGUGAAGAUGGACCCGUAACAAGAGAAGAGAUAGAGAAAACAAUUGAAAAGUCAACCAACAUUGAUGAAAGUAAAAAGCAAGAGGAGAAAAAAGAAAAAUCUGCCGACACUUCAGACAUUGACACACGCAUUAAAGUCGAAAAUUAUAAAAAAAGGGUUGUUCUUCCUGGUUUAACUUGGCCACAAGGAUGGUUCAAACGAGUGCACUUCAUUAUUGAAUGGCCAUUCACUCUACUCAGAUGGCUCACCAUCCCUCCUUGCUGUCACGAUGGCAACUGGACCAUAUUCCACUACUGUUUCGCUGUGUUCUCCCCGAUACCAAUGUCUAUACUGUUCAUGAUUGUUGCGAGUGAGCACUGGUCAGUCUUUGAAAUGACUGUCGGUGAAUCACCAUUCCCAGUCCCUGUCCUCGUUGUUAUAUGUGUGGCUCCACUGUGUGUCCCGCUUAUGUUUCUUUUGAAACCGAGGAAACCGCCCAACAAAGUGAUGCAAGUUAUUCUCAUGAUUGCUGCAUUCGUCACAUCCAUCUGCUGGUUGUACUUAAUUGCUGAUGAAGUGGUCAGUGUUUUACAGGCAAUCGGGCUGCUAGCCUCUAUCAGUACAGCUAUCUUGGGACUGACUGUCCUGGCUAUUGGGAACUCUGUUGCUGAUUUGGUGGCAGACACAGUGGUCUCCAUCAAUGGGAAGCCAGAAAUGGCGCUUGCUUCAUGUUUUGGAGCUCCUCUCAUCACCCAUGUUAUGGGUCUGAGCUUUGCUUUUUUGGCCAAGAUGAUUAGUGAAGAUGGCCAGGUCUAUGAAUUUGAUAUCUUUUCCGAAGAAUUUGUGCAUGUGAAAAUGGCGUGGAUAUUUUUGGGAUUUGUGCUCCUUGGAAGUGCUGUUGUCUUCCCAUUAUUCAAAUUCUCACCUCCAAGGGAGUAUGGAGUGAUUCUAAUGUAUGUUUAUUGCGUGUUUAUGAUUUUUUCAGUACUCAUUGAACUAGAUGUCAUGAAAGUUUUUGUAUAAUCCUGAAUUAUAAAUAUGUUAUGUUUUUUUUUUUAUUUCCUAUGCAAUAGUUAUUAAUUUAUGUAACGCUUUAAUUGGCCUAACACUUUGA